CCUCCGCGGUGCAUUGUGGGAAUGACGUCAUCGCUGUCCCAUCAUGGCCACCAGAGCAAUGUUGUUGAGGAGGGCUGCGUUCUUUUCUCCUUCUUCUAGUCACCUUCUUCAUGCCAGAUGUCUCUCUACGACGGGACACACAGCCCAGAAGGACAGCUGGCUCAACAAGCUCCUAGUGCGAAAGAUCGAGCCCACAAAAGAGUCGCACUCGCGCAUGCUCUCCGACAAAGAGGUCAUAUACGAGCUCCAGACACACAACCUCAAACCAGGCACAGGGGAGGAGUAUCUUAAGAACUAUGCUACUUAUGUUAAGGCUGUAGCUGACAAGCCCAUGCAUCUAGAGCUGCAAGGUUCAUGGACUGUCAGUGUAGGGGACCAGGACCAGUGCGUCCACUUGUGGAAAUAUGCUGGGGGCUAUUCGGCCAUCGAUGGAGCCAACAAAAUUUUGACCAGUGAUUCUGACCUGACCAGUCUGAUCAAGGACAGAAACCAGUUUUUACGUCAACGCUCAAAUCAAUUCCUGUUACCCUUCAGCUUCUGGCCGCCAGUCACACCUCGUGAUGGAGGAAACAUAUAUGAAAUUCGUUCGUACUUCCUGAAGCCAGGCACCACCAUGAUUGAGUGAGAGCAAGCAACUAGGGCUCGAGAGCCAUCACUUCCGUCAGGCAAACAACGAGGCCUUUGGCGGCUUCUUCUCGCAGGUGGGACGGCUCUACAACGUCCACCACAUUUGGU